AAUCAUCCCCAGCAGGUGAGAGAGCGAGUGAGAAGGAGUAGAAGAGGGAGAAGAAGAGUGCAGCAUUCUCAGUGAUGAGGAGGUUUUUCAGGGCAAGCAGGGAUGAAGAAUACAGCCAGAUUCAGCACCUCACAGCGAUGUGUAACCGGCUGGCGCAUGAGAAAGCAGCAGUGGAGAGAGAGUAUGUGGCCUGCAUAGAGAGAGAGAGGGCUCUGCAGGUUGAGCUGGAGUCUCUGUCUGUGCAGCUCCGUCAGAAAGAACAUGCCUGCCAGGACCUGCGCCUCAGACACGACCAGCUGCUCGGCACGAUCAAACAGCAACGGGAGCUGGUCCAGUUUCUGGAGCAGCGAGUGGUCUCGGUAGCAGAGGAGAGCACGAGGGAGGCAGCUCUGUUGACUUUUCAGAUGGAGCAGGUUAGCUCCGACCUGCAGCAGCUCCAAAACUCAGAGGCUCAGCUGCAGGGUCUGGUGGACGAGCUGCACCAGGAGGCCCAGGACAGAGCCAAGAAAUCAGAAGGCCUUGAGAACGAGCUCCAUGAGGAGGCCCAACUCAGUGGAAAGGAAAUUGAAGAUCUGAAAAUGCAGCUGGACAGCAAGUCCCAUGAAGUGGAGGACCUGCAGGAGGCCAAUGAAGCUUUGCAGGAGGAGCUGAAUGAGCAGUGUAGCAUCCACCAGACGACGGUAGCGAAGCUGCAGCAGGAGAACACAGUGAGUGUGCAGAAACUCAGGGAGACGGCUGAGCAGUUCGAGUGGCUCUGUGAACAGCAGCGGAACUGGAUGUGCUGCGUUAAGAGGUUUAAGGACUGUUUGUGUGAUGAGAAGGAGGCCCUGGUUCUGCAGGUGAAACGUUUACAGGAAGAACUAGCAGAGCUCAAGAAGAACUCCAAUUCUGAGGCGAUCAAUGUAGAACACAGCACCUCCCAACACUGUGACAGGUGGGCUGUGGAUGCGAUGGUGGAUCUACAGGUGCAGGCAGAUAGAUGGAAAGUUAGGUACACAGAACUCUUCAGUAAACUCGCUCCACAUCCGGGGCAGUGGAGUGAAGAUGGAUAUUUAAAACCACCAUGAAGUCCAGACACAGAAGCUCUGCACCAUUUUCCAUUGCUUUCUUUUCUCUGGCUCAUGCUUUGUUCUGUGUUCUCUCCAGACUAGUAUAGCACUCAAAGCUGCCUCUGUAUACUGGAAAACUCCAAGCUACUGAUGCUAACCCCCAAACUACUGAUGACAAACUACUAUUGAUACCAAGCCCUAAAUUACUGAUAGUAAACCCUAAACUACUUAUAGUACACCAUAAUCAAUUGAUGGCAAUCUACCCAAACUACUGAUACCAAACCCUAAAUUACUGAUGCCAAACUGAUAUAAACCUUAAAUUACUGAACUCCAAACUAUUGACACCAAACCCCAAACUGCUCACACCAAACCCCAAACUACUGAUACUACUAUACUGAUACUGAUAUAACACUGAACUACUGUUGUCACACCCAAGCCUAAUGAUGCCAAACCCUAAACCACUAACAGAAAACUCCAAACUACUGACUCCAAACCCCAAAGUGCUGACACCAAGCCAUGAACUACUGAUGUCAAACCCUCACCUAUGGAUGCCAAAACCCCAAACUACUGACAACAGAAAACAAACGGACACCUAGCCCCAAACUACUUAUGCCAAAUCCUGAACUACUUAUGUCAAACCCUAAACUACUUACACCAAACCUUAAACCACUGAUACCAAAGCUCAAACUACUGACAGCAGAAAUCUAAUUGGCACCAAACCUCAACUACUGACACCAAACCCUAAACUGGAUGAUACCAUACUUUCAAACUACAGCUAUUUGAACCCAAACACCUUAUUUGAAACUCUAAACUACUGAUGCCAAACACCAAAAUACUGGACUACACCUAAACUCAUCUCAGUUGACUCAGAACUAUUGCUCUAACUUACAAGUUCCCCAGCAGAAGAAGCUACUCACACAGCAAGAUUAAAAACAUUGCUCACAAUGUCAGUUUUUACUUAAUAAAAGUGUUAAAAUUGACAAUAAAAAUAAAAUACACAUUUCUGCAACUUUCUUUUAUUUCAAUAAAAUCUUAAUAUAAGGUAAAAAACUCUACUGGCCAAGUAAAUUAUUUUGGCAUCCCUUAAUUCUUCUGAUUUUAUGACAGUUUUCACAAUUAAUGCACAAAUGAAUGCAGUUUCAGUGUGAUACAUUUAGCUUAUACUAUGGUUUAUUGUUUAUAUUGACAAACUGAAUACUGAAGAUUUUUAAACCAACCUUUUUUUUAAAUUAUAGAGUAACCCAGCUUUAUGUAUCCAAGACAUAUAGAGUGGAACCCUCAAGCCUAAUGACUUCUGUGCUUUACAAAUACACGAUUGUUAUAUUGUGUUUACCUUUAUUCAAUUGAAUCCUCAUCCUCUGCAAAUAUUGCAUGUUUUAAUUUCUUGGCAAGUCAAAUAACUACAGCCAAGCAGGUUUUACUAUUGGUUAGGCCUUCAGGAGUAGAACAGAAGGAAUAGUAUAUUAGAAUAAACAUCAGUGCUAUGAUUUGACUUACUGUGCAUGGGAUAACUUUCUUGAAAAAAUUGUCGCUCUAGGACCUUUGGAAGUACAGGAAACAUUACUGACCAUAAAUAGGAUUCAGAGUCUAACCGGAUUUCAGUCAGAUGUUUGAAACAAAAAACAAGGGUCACUUUAAAACUGCUACACACGAUAAACUACAUGCCAAAAUGACUGUUAAAAGCUUCAAAUAAAUGUUUUUAUUAGAUUCAAAUAUCUGUUUUCAAUCUAGAAUGGCCAAAUAAUGUUAAUGUGCAUCACUGUUAGCUUAACUUUACCAUACUACUAGAAUUGGUAUACUCGGAAUAUAAUCGGAAUACUUCUAGAAAUUAGCAUCAGCACUCGUCCUCAUUUCUGGGCUUUCUGGAGUUUUGACAU